UUUCCCCUUGAGAUCCAUCCAUUAUUCUGCAUGGCUUUCAUCUUUACCCUCGCAGCCCACCCCACCCCCUUUCUCAUCCUCCCAGAGGUUGCUAUGGGCCUGCCUCAAUCACUCUGGUAUCGAGGAUACGCUGACACAUUCUGCAUCCUGAUUGGCUGUUGCUUGUAUAAGGGAGGGCACAAAAAAGACGGGGAAGGAAGGGGGAAAGGAAAAGAGGGUGAUCCUGGUAGUUAGAUGGAUGGCUAAAAGACACGGAACACCAUUUUAGCAAGAGCUUAGCGGAGACAAAAGGUGGGCAGAGACGGAGAGAUAGAAGAGAAAAAAGCUGCAGGAAGAACAAAGGGCCGAUUGUUUUUAGAAAAUGGAAUGACUGAGCAUUUGUAGGCUUCAGUGAAAGAAGAGCAAGCUGGAAAGAGGAAUGAGCAUCAGCUGGAGAGAUGCAGCCUCUUACCUUCCAUCUUUCAUUCUGACAUCCUGACCAAGAGAGAGAGAGAGAGAGAGCGAGAGAGAGAAGGAACCAGAAAGAAGAGGAGGGCAACAUUGGUGGAAGACAGAAAGGAGGUGUGUGUUACUCAGAAGAGGAAGAGAGGAGUGACAGCGGACCAGGGGAGGAUGCUCAGCACGUAGCACACAAAAAUCUUCACAGAGCUGACAUUCACACACGCUGACACAGACAGGCACCCAGCCUCCACCGGCAGGCCGGGGCAACGCUGGUCAUCGGCAAAGUGGCAGGAGAAGCAGCUGAGGCGAGGAGGAGUGCAGCGGAGAACAACAACGGCGAGAGUCACGCAGGACGGGGCGACGUGGUGUGGUGUGGAGGCUCAGCACUGAGGGAAAGGCGGAGUGGGAGGAGAGGCAGUGCUGAGGAGGAGGACGCCGAGGAAACCAGGGGACUGAUGGCUCGUGGUAAUGGCUCGGGGAGGUGGAACCGACAGAGGAUAGGAUUCCUCAACUCCGUGCUGCGCUGCAACCUCCCUCCAGAGACCCAGAAGGUGGUGGUGUUCCUCAUCAUGAUGCUGCUCAUCAUCAUCAAUGUGGUGCUCAUGUUUCUUCUGGCCUUCCAAUAGACUGCACACACACACACACACACACACACACACACACACUUCUAAAUGGAGAACAGAGAAGUGAAACACAGUUGGACCUGAGAGCAGGAGAGGACUGGCCUGUUGAUGAGCAGGGCUGCUGGGAUUGAUGGGUGUUCAACGUGGCAGCAACAGAGCACAGCUGAUCAGUGAUGGCAGCGUGGUGUACGCCGAGGCGCUGUGGGACCACGUCACCAUGGACGAUCAAGAGCUUGGUUUCAAGGCUGGUGACGUCAUCGAAGUAGUUGAUGCUACGAACAAGGAGUGGUGGUGGGGUCGUAUCAUGGACAGUGAAGGCUGGUUUCCUGCCAGCUUUGUGCGGUUGCGUGUGAAUCAGGAUGAGCCCAUGGACGAGUAUCUGGCCCAUCUGGAGGAGGUAAACACAGGAGAGAAGGACCAGGCGGCUCUCGGCUUGAUAUUAGGACCUGGUUUACCGUGCAAAGAGCAGAUGAGGACCAAUGUCAUCAAUGAGAUCAUGAGCACAGAGAGAGACUACAUCAAACACCUGAAAGACAUCUGUGAGGGUUAUAUCAAACAGUGCCGCAAGAGGACAGACAUGUUCACUGAGGAGCAGCUUCGUGUCAUCUUUAGUAACAUUGAGGAGAUCUACCGAUUCCAGAGGAAGUUCCUGAAAGGCCUGGAGAAGAAGUUCAACAAGGAGCAGCCACACCUCAGCGAGAUUGGCUGCUGCUUCCUCGACCAUCAAACAGAUUUUCAGAUCUACUCAGAGUACUGCAACAAUCAUCCCAACGCCUGCAUCCAGCUCUCCAAGCUAAUGAAAGUCAACAAGUACGUGUUCUUCUUUGAAGCCUGCAGACUGCUCCAGAGGAUGAUCGACAUUUCCUUAGACGGCUUCUUGCUCACUCCAGUUCAGAAGAUCUGCAAGUACCCACUGCAGCUGGCCGAGCUGCUCAAAUACACCAACCCACAGCACAGAGACUACAAAGAUGUGGAAGCAGCACUGAAUGCCAUGAAGAAUGUGGCGAGACUGAUCAAUGAGAGGAAACGGCGCCUUGAGAACAUUGACAAGAUUGCCCAGUGGCAGAGCUCCAUAGAGGACUGGGAGGGUGACGACGUGCUCAGCAGGAGCUCUGACCUCAUCUUCUCGGGGGAGUUGACCAAGUUGUCUCAGCCUCAAGUCAAAAGUCAGCAGAGAAUGUUUUUCCUCUUCGACCAUCAGAUGGUUUACUGCAAAAAGGACCUCCUGCGCCGGGACAUGCUGUACUACAAGGGACGUAUGGACAUGGAUCACAUUGAAGUGAUUGAUGUGGAGGACGGCAAAGAGAAGGACUUUAACAUCAGUGUGAAGAACGCUCUGAAGCUGCGGUCACUGGCUGGUGAUGAAGUCCACCUCCUCUGUGCUAAGAAGCCUGAGCAGAAGCAGCGCUGGCUCCGAGCCUUUGCUGAUGAGAGAAGGCGGGUCCAGCAUGACCACGACACAGGCUUCUCGCUCACAGAGGUGCAGAAGAAACAAGCCAUGCUGAAUGCCUGCAAAAGCCAUCCAGCUGGAAAACCUAAAGUGACCAGACCCUACUAUGACUUCCUCCUGCGGCAGAAACAUCCCUCCCUCCCCACUGCUGUGCCCCAGCAGCAGGUCUUCAUGCUGGCUGAGCCCAAGCGCAAAACCUCCACCUUCUGGCACAACAUUGGAAGACUGACACCAUUCAAGAAAUAAACAAAAGAGGAGAGGAGUGACAGAGGAGGAGAAAGAGAAGAGCCCUCUGCUCGUGCCUGAACAGACCCUUUUUAAUUCUUCCUCUUUUCUUUCCUACUGGUAACAUUGCUCUAAUCGAUGUACUGAUUUAUUGUAGAAAUGAGGAUGAAGAUGAUGAGGAGGAGAUUUUUUUGAAAGCACUUUAUAGGUUGGUUAACAAUCAAACUUGAAAAUGGUCUCAUGGAGACAAUGAGUCAAACAUGGAGCGUGGACUCUUUCUUAAUCUACUACUACUAUACCUUCAAUAAAGCGCCAGCUGGUACUAAUACUACUACUGUACUGCUGCGAGUGAGUGCGGAACUCCUGACUGUGCUGCCUCUGUGAACACGAUGCCUGUCAAUGAAACCAUGUCCUUUAUUUCCACUGUUCUCUUAUUUUAUUGAUUUUGACAGAUGCCAACAGCAGCAGUGCCAGAUUUGUUUUGUAUUUUGUUUGUUCUGCGUCCGCUUCUGACAAAAAGGGAAACCGGAAAGGAUCGAGUGUUUUUGUGCUUCUCUCUGUGCAGAUAGGAUCAUUUCAGCUGGAUUUUCUUUUUUUUUUUUCUUCUUUAUUUCUUUGCAAAAAUGUGUGGUGUUGUGUGACCACGUCUUAAAAGACAUAAGUGCAGCCCAAAGAAGAUAAGGAGCUUUUCAUUCAGACAAACAGCAGCAACCCACACACUCCGGUGACACAUUCCUUGAGUCCGAUCCUUGACUCUUCCUUAUAACUACCACGUCAGUAAAUAAUAAUAAAAAAAGAAACAACCAGCUCUCUUUUCUUUUUUAAUUUUUACAUUUUUUAAGUGCCAUUUGAAGUGUGCCAUGGAUGCAUGGAUGUGUUGAAUAUAUACUGUGAAGAAUAUUUUUUUAAUCUCGGAAGAUUCCAGCUAUAUUUAACCAGAUUCAGGAAGUGAAGGUUUCAUCGUCAGACAGCAUCACACACACACACACACAAAUACAAAUAUUAUUUUAUUUAACUGUACUUCUGAUCUCCAGUAUCCCUUCUCUGUGUUUCUGGUCUCCAGUAUAAUAUAAUGUCAGAUCAGUGCAAACCAAUGAUAUGACUCUAUGACUCUGUAUAAGUGCAUUCAGUGGAAUGUACUCCAUCCACCUUUAUGUUCGAAUGUUUUAGCUCUGACAAUAUGGAAUAUUAAACAUUCCUACGCUGACGAGCGUGGCUGUCA